AUGCCACGACCAGAGAACAGAGAAGAGGCCCUGCAGCACCUGCGCGAAACCAUCGCGUCGGGAAAGAUCAUCCUUGGGGCGGGAGCAGGAAUUGGCCUUUCUGCCAAAUUCAUUGAGAAAGGCGGCGCAGACCUCAUAGUUUUGUACAACAGUGGCCGUUUCCGCAUGGCCGGCAGGGGAUCCCUGGCCGGUCUCAUGCCAUAUGGAGAUGCCAAUGCGAUCGUGGUAGAAAUGGCAAACGAGGUCCUGCCGAUUGUCAAGAGCGCGGGGGUACUGGCCGGUGUGUGUGGGACGGACCCCUUCCGUUCGAUGCCGCGCUUUCUUCGGCAGCUGAAGGACAUCGGGUUUUGUGGCGUGCAGAAUUUUCCGACCGUCGGCCUUAUCGACGGUACCUUUCGACAGAAUCUCGAGGAGACUGGUAUGGGAUAUUCCCUGGAAGUAGACAUGAUCCGUGAAGCGCGGCAGCUCGGACUGUUAACGACGCCAUACGUCUUCAACGUCAGCGAAGCGGAAGCUAUGACGCGGGCGGGCGCAGACGUCUUGGUCGUCCAUAUGGGCCUUACGACGUCUGGGAGUAUUGGCGCGCAUACUAGUGUCACCUUGGAUGACUGUGUCACUACUAUCCAAGCGUGCAGGGACGCAGCGGUGAAGAUAAAUCCAGAAAUCAUUGUGUUGUGCCACGGAGGACCAAUUGCGAGGGCAGAUGAUGCGCAUUACGUGUUGAGCAGGACACAGGGAGUACACGGGUUCUUCGGGGCGUCUAGCAUGGAAAGGCUGCCUGCAGAGGUCGCUAUCGAGGAAAAUACCAAGGAGUUCAAGCGGCUGAAGGCGAGCGGGUAG